GCAGAUUAACUUUGCCCUGUCAGCAUGUGCUGGCUUGUAACUGUUAGGAGUCACACUUAGACUGAUCAGACUUGGAGGAAAUAUUCUUGUGGAACAUGGGAACUAAAUCACUAUGUCUCUUCAUUGCCUCUGCUCUUAUUGCUUACUACAUUUAUGCACCCAUCCCAGAGAAUUUAGAGGACCGCUGGAAACUGAUGCUCAUGAGUAGUGUAUACAAAACUGUAGGGCAUUUGGCUGAGUUUGCCGAGUGGCUGGGUCUGAUGCACUAUAUGGAAGUUCUAAUGCUGAUCACAGUUACUGAACAUGUCCCACCAACGUCAGAUGAAAAUGUCACUGUAACAGACACAGAGUUCAGUAAUGUUCCAGUUCGUUUAUAUUUGCCCAGAAAGCAGCUGAGUGGAUUGAAAAGGGCCAUACUUUACUUUCAUGGUGGAGGAUGGUGUGUAGGAGAGGCAGGCAUGAAACCCUAUGACCUUCUGUCAAGAUGGACUUCAAACCAGUUAAAUGCUGUUGUGGUAUCAGUCAAUUACAGGCUGGCGCCUAAAUACCAUUUUCCAGUUCAGUUUGAAGAUGUGUAUGCGGUAACAAAAUUCUUCCUCCAAAGCAGUGUCCUCUCGCAAUAUGGGGUGGACCCAAAUCGGAUCUGUGUUGCUGGAGACAGUGCAGGUGGCAACUUAGCUGCAGCUGUGGCACAACAGUUGUUAGAUGACCCUGAAGUCAAAACUAAACUUAAAGUCCAAGCUUUGCUUUAUCCUGCUCUUCAAACCCUUGACCUGAAUUUGCCAUCUUACCAAGAAAAUGAAAACAAGCUGAUUCUACCCAAGUCACUUAUGGUCAGGUUCUGGAGUGAAUAUUUCACUACUGAUUCCUCUCUUAGAGAAGCAAUGGCCUCCAACAGGCAUGUUCCAGCUGAAGCAAGCCACUUAUUUCAGUUUGUAAACUGGAGUAAUUUACUGCCUGAAGAGCUAAAAAAAGAUCAUGUUUAUACCAGUCCCGUUUAUGGAAGCUCCAACCUUGGGAAGAAGUAUCCAGGGUUUCUGGAUCCAAGAGCGGCACCUCUGCUGGCAGAAGAUGCCAAGUUACACAGCUUGCCUCUGACCUUUAGACAUAAGCCUUAUGUUGAAAACUCUACCAGCAGAGGACAGUACAUCACAAAAGUACAUUACAGCAGAGGAGGAUACUGAGCUACCCUGAACUGUUGAAAAUGCAACAGCAGUUGCCUGAGUGAGCAAAAUAUAUGAAAGCUGGUAAGUGAGAAGCAAGUACUAUUUAUCAGCCACAUGAGAAGUUUUUAAGCAGCUUCUUUAAUGCUUACUAUUAUCUGACCUUUUGAGCUUUUCUUCUGAGCAAAGCUAGAAUAACUGUUUGUACCCCAGAUAUUAGUGGGGUUGAUACUCACUAACCUCAAAACAGAUCACAGAAAAGAGGAUGCAAAUUUUUUUUUAAAAAGUAUAUUUAUUUCUCAGGGUGAUAUUCAGAAUUUUUCAUUGGUGUGUGUCAUGCUAUUGCAUUUAACUUCUCCAAGUUUUUCUGUUAAAUACUGGGCUUAUUCUACAGGUGGCCCUGUGUUCCACUCAGCUUCCAUUUAUAUUUUAUAUAACAUAUUAAGUUUGUAAUAUAUGUAUAUUGGCUUGUACAAAUCAGAUAAAAUGCUAUAUUGCAAAUGAAAAUGUGUUAUAUACUUCAGUUAGGAAGUAUGGCCAAACACUGUGAAGGAAGCACCUCACUGGGGGGAAGCGUUUUGGCAAGCUGGCCCUAUUUAAGGUUAAACUGUGGCUAAAGAAUGGAUACGAAGUGGGCGCAGACAGCAUCACUAAAACGGACCUGGUUCAGUUGGUGAGAGCUGCCCCAGAGCAGGCUAGCUCUCUUGUUAUCAUGUCUGAUUUGAACAUUCAGCCAUUUAAGGUAGGUUGUUGUUUUGAAAAGUGUCUUUUGCAAAACCUUUAACAAUGCUGGCAAACCUUUAUGGUUGUUGCAAAAAGAGAACUGGUGGAAUUCAGGCUGUGGUAUUUCCAUAGCCAUUCCAUUUCUGCAGCGACACAAGGUUGCUGCUGUCCCCAAAGCCCUUACAAAGGGAGCAGAGUCCUUCCGCAUGAUGCUUUUCUGUUGUAAGACAGCAGUGUAAGGAGCUUGCCGUAUCUUGGGUUUUAAAAUGUUUACUGCUAAAGCACUUGACGUGUAUUGAAAAUGUUUUGUCUGGAUGUAAUUUUGGAACACUUCUUGCUUUCCUAAUCUACUUCUUUUUAAAUGGAUUACAAUUUCAUUAUUUCAAGAAAUCUAUAUCCCAGCAUUUCUGGUAAAGUAAAUUCAAGACAGACAAAAUUAAAUUUAAAUAUGUAUAUAAACUAACUCUGUCUGAAAGUUAUUUGAUUUGCCACUUUGCUUCAGGUGGGUAGUGCCUGAGUUAUAGUUGUAGGUGUCAUAGCUGAACUUUGUAGGCACAAAGGAAGUAUUGAAGUUUUGAAAUUUUAGCCUAUGUCUCGUUUAACAGGAUGAAAAGAGAAAAGAUAGUUUAAUCCCAAAUUUGCGUUCCCCAACUUUGGAGGCAGCUAGGAGCUCCCAUGGGUCUGUUGAAAGCUGCAGAAGCUCCGAGGUUGACUGCAAGAGUGCCGUUUCUGACACGCGGAGCGCCCAGCCUUGCAGCCAGAUCACGUGCAUUGGCGAGGGGAUACGCGCUCCUGGGCUGGCAGGCAGCUGGGGUCCGUGAGGGUUGUCGGCAGCCACCUGCUCUUCUGUCUCUGCAUGACUAGAGCCUGGGACCCCAUGUGACAUGUUGCAGGAAAACCUGAAGAUCUGGUUAGGGGAAGUCAUGUAGUACUUUUAGCAUUUGAAGUAUUUGGAGUACUUUACAAACAUUCCCAGUUAAUUUUCCCAGUUAAAAAAGUUUAAAGUUUAAAUAUCCUUAACAUAUGGAUUGGAAAAGAGGGACAAAGAGAUUGAAAAAUUGGCUUUCAAUGUAUACUUAUUUCCUGCAAAAUCAACCUCUGGCAUAAAGUCUGUCAGUUUAAUGCCUUGUCUUAAGAGUAAUAUGUAACAGCUUGACCUUCCUAAAGACACAUGUAAUGUGCUCCUGAAACAGGUCCAAAGUUAGGUCAUGUUGGUCUGGGGAAGAAACAUAUGCUAGUGUGCAGCUGAGGGUUUUUUGGUUUUCUUCCUCUAUGUGACAAAUGUACAUGACUUCUGAGGUCAUUGAUAGUGUAUCAGCAGUCUCUAUUACAGGGGCACACACGAAAUAGAGGCUGUGGCACGCAGCGCAGCUGUGGGACAGGGACCCCGAGAGGCUGCGGGACCCUGUUGGAGCACGGCCGGACAGGCCAGGGCAGUCCGACGGGUGGGAGCCAUUGCAGCUUGCCUGGAGGCUGCUGGCCCUGUGGUCAGGGCGCUGGGCAGUGCCUGCCAGAAGUCCUUCACGGCCUCAGUAGUUCUGUGUCCAAGUGGUUGAAAAGCUACUGAAAAAAGUGAGUGCUGAGGUGGGGAGGAGAGAGGGAAGCAAGACAGAAAGCACAGUUGUGUGAGCCUCCUCUUCAGAGAAAUUUAGGGUCAAAGGUGUGGAAAGCAGCAGAAAUGCUCAGAGGCAUUUUUCUGGCAGACAGCAUCCGACUAAAAACAUGAUGAACUUGGCUGUGAGACUGAAGAAGAAGAAAAUGCAUUCAUUCUGGAACAUAAGUAAGUCAGAUGCUAUUAGACUAAUAUAAAUAGACCACAAAUAAACAAAAGUAGACAUUUUAUUCUAUCCCUUCUUUGCACCAAAGGUAGAAACAGCAUCAGGCUACUCUGCUUUACAAUGACAGGCUAUAUAGGCUGUUCCUAAUGCAAUAUGGGCUGAUGCAUGGUAGCAGUAUGCAUUACUAGGCCAUUUACACUGCAGCAACUGUUGCAAAGUUCUCAUCCACAGGUUGCUGGUGGCCAGUGCAAAGUGUUAAUUUAUUUUCCCUAGUAUUAAUUUAUAACCUAAAAGAAUAUUUAUGUUCUGCUUUGCUCACUGGGGUGAGGAUAAACAUCCCCUGUUUAAAAGGCUCUGUAAGAAAAGCACCACGCUUCACUCAAAGUCAGUCUUAAUGACUCACCCAAGUGUCUCAAAUGCAAAUACAUCACAAUAAACCAUUAAAUAUGCAUCACUUGUUUUAAUAGUCCUCAGUCUAAUAUAAAUUGACUAAUGGCUAAUUGAUUAAUGCCAAGAAACUUGCCUGAAUCCAAUUGUAUUUCUUUAAAGCCCAAGGAAUGCCAAAGGAUCUGGUGAAAUUAACAGCAUGCCAUUAAUGUAUAGUCCAAGCUUGCCCUUGUCUCACAAUUUAAACUCAGUUUUUUCAAACUUGCUUCAAAUUGACUGGGAACGGCAGGAUUAAGUCUCAGGAAUCAACAUUUCAACAGCUUUUCUGAGAAACACUAUAUACAUCUAUCAAAGAAGUGCAAAGAAAGGUUGCUUUUAUCGUUAGGGCUUGAUUGCUUUUUGGAUUGAUGGUGGUGGCAUUAGGUUGUUCCUCACUGAAAAAGUUUGCGCUAACAACAUUUGUUGAAAGGCUAGCUGACUGUAACAAACGUGUGUUGUUAAAGGUGCUCUAGAAAUGAGAGUUCUUAGGUAAGGGAUGAAUUUCCCGCCUGCCAAGUCAAUAUUGACAUGUCCUCAGUAUUAGCAAACUGUGUGCGGUUGCCAAUGUCACCCUCUGUUAUUUCUGUCUUCUCCAGCUGCCAGCACUGCUGGUGAAGUACUAAUGUGCUUGCUGCUGCACGGCAUCACCCCCGCGGGGUGUCCCUGGGAGGUGAAACGUGGGCAGAAUCUCUCCUGCUGACGAGACUUCUCAUGCAACUUCUGAUAGCUAUGUAGGGUCUUCCAAUAACCUGAGCAUUUUGUGUGUAGUUCAUCCAAAGGCAACAAGUUCUGUAUGCUUGAUAUUGCCCAUAAAUGAAGAAGGUAAAUAGUCUGGCCUGUGUUUUACCAUGAGACUCAUUAUUAAUAGAGUUACUUCUGCUUAGCUUUAGGACUUUACCACAUCUACAUUUCUUCCUCCAAAAUGCUGCAGCUGAAUUCCCAAUAACUGCAUCCAGUAAAUAAGAAACGUUAUAUAUUUGGGCGUAACUCUUGGCUUAUGUCAGAUUGAACUUAAAUUGUGAACUGAAGCUCUCCAAUUUGUACUUUGAUGCAUCACACAAAGAGCAAUUAAAGGGAAGACUUUA